CAUCCAAUGAUGCUCUCUUUGAGAAACAGCUCUUCUCAUCCUGUGUCCUUCCUUUUGCUGGGAAUCCCAGGACUUGAGAACUCCCAUUUCUGGAUUGCCUUUCCAUUCUGUGUCAUGUAUGCCGUGGCUGUAGUUGGCAAUAUCAUUGUCCUUCAUGUCAUCCGAACUGAUCACACCCUGCACCAACCUAUGUACCUCUUUCUGGCCAUGCUGGCUAUUACUGACCUGGUCCUCUCCUCCUCCACACAGCCUAAAAUGCUGGCCAUACUCUGGUUUCAUGCUCAUGAGAUUGAAUACCAUGCCUGCCUCAUUCAGGUCUUCUUCAUCCAUGCAUUUUCUUCUGUGGAGUCUGGGGUGCUCAUGGCUAUGGCCUUGGACCGCUAUGUGGCUAUCUGCUUCCCACUCCGACACUCUACUAUCCUGACGCCAUCUGUCGUGGGGAGACUGGGGGCAGCUGUGAUGAUAAGAGGGGUGUUGUGGGUCAGUCCCUUCUGCAUCAUGAUCUCCAGGAUGCCCUUCUGUUUCAACAGAGUCAUCCCCCAGUCCUACUGUGAGCACAUGGCUGUGCUGAAGUUGGUAUGUGCUGACACUACAGUAAAUCGGGGAUAUGGACUCUUUGUGGCCUUCUCUGUGGCUGGUUUUGAUAUGAUUGUCAUAAGUAUAUCCUAUGUCAUGAUUUUGAGAGCUGUGCUGCGGUUACCCUCAGGUGAAGCCCGACUUAAGGCUUUUGGCACAUGUGCCUCUCAUAUUUGUGUUAUCUUGGCACUUUAUAUUCCAGCCCUCUUCUCUUUCCUCACCCAUCGCUUCGGGCACCACGUGCCCCGAGUGGUUCACAUCAUGUUUGCUAAUCUCUAUGUCCUAGCACCACCCAUGCUCAAUCCCAUCAUCUAUGGAGUUAGGACCAAACAGAUCCGGGACAGGGUCUGGUUCCUUUUGUUGCAAAAAGAGCAAAUGGAACAAAAGAAAUACUGA